GGUUAGAGGCAAGUGUUUGAAACUAUGUUUCUCAAAUGUCUGAGCUUCAGCUGUUCCAAGAACACAUCUCAGAGAAAUUAUCCAACAAUUAUACAAGAGUUGAGCCUUCAAUUUUCUCUCUCCCAUCUUACCAAAUCAACCAACAACUUUGAUCCAAAAAGGUUAGUUGGCAGUGGAGCAUUUUGCAAUGUAUAUGAAGCUUCUCUCCAACGUAGUGACGGCUCUCCUUAUACAGUCGCAAUAAAGAGAUUUAUGGUAAAAGACAGUGAUAUCUUCAAGAACGAAAUAGAGUUGCUCUGCCAGCUUCGUCACCCUAAUAUCGUCUCUCUUGUAGGAUUCUGCAACCACAAGAAAGAGAAGAUUAUUGUGUACGAAUACCUGUCCAAUGAAUCUCUUUAUCAACACAUACAAAGUGGGAAACUGUCAUGGAAGAAGAGGUUGGAGAUCUGCAUAGGAGCAGCACGUGGACUGCACUAUCUUCACGCUGGAGCCAAGCGCACCAUCAUUCAUCGCGACAUCAAACCUAGCAACAUUCUUUUGGAUGCAAACAUGGAGCCAAAGAUUUCAGGUUUUGGUCUUAGCGUACAGGGACAGCGUUUUAUGUCAAAGCCAAAGCCAAUUAAAGUAGAUUCUGUUGCGGGUACUAUUGGCUACAUCGCUGCGGAGCAAAUUGAGAACCUGACCAUCACAGAUAAAACCGAUGUUUAUUCAUUUGGUAUGGUUCUAUUAGAAGUUGUGAGUGGAAAGACAUAUAUGAAUUUAAUACAAGAAGAGGAAGUAUUUGAAAGGCCGGUUGAAGAGAAAGUUGAUCCGAAAAUCAAAGGAAAGAUUACACCUGAGUCUUGGCAAGUCUUUAUAGAUAUCUUGCAAGGAUGCUUGAAAUACGAAGUAGAUGAGCGACCAACAAUGGGUGAGGUAGAGCUGCAACUUGAGCAUACUCUGUCGUUGCAGGAACAAGCGGAUAUCACAAACAUCCAUGGUGAUUAUGUUUUAUUGUCUAAAACCAUUAUUAACUUAAAGCCUGAGUUAGAAGAUGAAGAUAUCGGUAUAACAGAAGACAGUGAUUCAGAAGAGAUGGGUAAUUACUAGUUAUAAUUAACUUAAAUCUUUCUUCUACUUCUCAUACUUCGUCAA